UUUUUAUAUAAUCUUUAACAGGUUAAAGAUAUAAUCCUUUGUUCAAAAUAAAACUCAACAAAAUGCCAACUACCCCAGCUAAAGAUGCUCCCCAGCCCAUCUAUCUAAUCAACUUUGAGGCCUAUCUGCGACCCAAGCGACCGCAUAAGAUAAUGCCGUUGCAGUGCUUCGAUAGGCCGGAAAGACCUCAAACCCGAUGUGAGCAGUUCCAUAAGAUACUGCAGAGACUUAAGUUCCUGCGAUAUUUGCGCACGCAACGUGCGAGAUUUUCCAAGCGUCUGGAGCAGAUGCCAUUGCCCAGAUUUCUAAACUUCCUGCGUGCUCGCCAUGACGACGGCCUCUGCAAAUCGAAGACGGGCUUCGAGAUCUACUGCGAGAUGUCGAGCAUCCAUGGAUUCCAUGUAUUCGUCGGGGCUUGCACCUGGCAGCGUGUGCUCUGGUGGCUGCUCAUCUGCACGGCCAUACUUCUCUCCCUCCUCGUACUGAUCAUGUCCUAUAGCCUCUCUGCGGAGACGCCCACCAUAAGGUAUAUCGAGAGCAUGUUGCAGCCCAUUUCGGAGCAGUCGAUGAACUACCCGGCGUUGAGUAUAUGUAGUAUGAAUCGCAUAUCGAAAAGUCAGCUCAGGAUGAAGGAGUGGGCGUUGCCGGCACAGUCUUUGCCCUGGUUAACUAAGCACAAUUGGAGUCUGAAUGAGCAUGAAUGGAUAUCUGGCAACAUUAGCUGGUCUCAGCUGCUGGAGAACCUGGCUCCACGCACUUGUGAGUCUCAGGUCUUGGGUUGCCUGUGGCAGGGCCUAGUUCAAAGCUGCGAUCGGCUGCUCACCCCCAGCUGGAGCUACACUGAGGGUCGAUGUUGCACCUUCAACGGAACACCCAUCUACACAGCUGGCAAUCCGGCCAAGGGCUUAACCAUACGCCUUGCCAGCCAGCUAGAGGAUUAUGCCAGCUCACGACAUUCCGCAGCUGGUUUCCAGUUGCUGCUGCACGAGGCCCACUCUGGAAUUCAUGCAGCCACAGAACGUGCGCUCCUUCCACGAGGCACAGAGGCUCACGUCAUGUUGAGGUCUUACAGUACCCAUGCCACGCCCUAUAUUGACGGCUUAAAGCCAGCCAAAAGAGGCUGCUAUUUGAGCCAGGAGCGCCGGCUAUUCUACUAUCCAAAAUACAGCCAAGCGAAUUGCCUAGCAGAGUGUGAGAGCGAGCGGAUCCUUCAAGCUUGCAGCUGUGUGCAUCCCCACAUGCCGAGGCUUUCGCAAUGGCCUCUUUGUGAACUGGAACAGCUGAAAUGCCUGAGCGAAGUGGGUAAGUUGUUCCACUCAUGGAACAGAACAGAACAGAACGGGGAAGAUAUGGAAAGAAAAGGAAAGAACCAAAGGGGAACGAGCUGGGAUCAGUCGCAAAGCUUCUGCAAUUGCCUGCCAUCCUGCCAAUUCAAGCGCUAUGAAAUGCAAAUCGAUAUGGCAGCCCUGAAUGAGAGCUACCCGAUGUUUCAAGCUAAUCAUUAUAAUAUUUCCUUCUACAAGAACUUUAAUGGUUCGGACGAGGUUCUACUACAUGUAUACUUUGAUUCAUUUAACGAGGAGCGACUACGUUUAGAUGUCUAUGAGAAUUUUCUUACUUUUAUAGGUACCUUUGGCGGCAUCACCGGCCUAUUUAUGGGCUGCAGUUUCGUAUCUGUGUUCGAGCUGAUAUUCUUUGUGUGUGUGCGACCCACAUGUAACUGGCUAACUCGGCAGCAAAUACGCUACAGGCGACGUCGUCAGCAACGAGCUAAUGGCACGAAGGCUAAUUAG